CACAACACUCAUUCACUCGCUGGAGAAGGAGUCUCAAGCAAAGAGUUAAACUGGCAAUGUUGCCAGCGAUUGUCCUCGUUCUAACUCUUGCGUUCUUCGUCACGCAAUGGAUGUGGAGCAAGCGCGCCAUCAAGCUCCCCCCAGGCCCCAGAGCUUUGCCUCUCAUCGGCCACUUCCACCUCCUGGGAAGGAUCCCCCAGAUCUCACUCUAUCACCUCUCCAAGAAGUUUGGACCCCUCAUGUACUUGCGCCUGGGAUCCGCGCCACUCAUUGUGAUUUCCAGUCCUGCCAUGGCCAGGGAGUUCCUUAAGACCCACGAUGCCGCAUUCGCUCGCAGGCCACCCAGAGUGGCCGUAGACAUUCUCAUGUACAAGUUCAAGAGCUUAUCUUAUUCUGAGGGUGAGUACCACAAGAACAUCAGGAGGAUGUGCUCCAUGGAGCUCUUCACGGCCAGGAGGGUCACCUCCUUCACCAAAAUCAUCCGGGACGAGCUGUGGGAUCUUACUGCCGAGCUCGCCAAGGCUUCCAAGGCGGGUCAACCAGUGGCACUGCGAGGCAAGCUGAGAUCACUGAGCUUCAAUGUCAUGACUCGCAUCCUCAUGAACAAGACUUACUUUGGAUCUAAGGCUUCCAGCGAUGAUCCCCAGGCGCGGGAAUUUGUGGGGGUGAUUGACGAGGUGAUGGAUGCAGCCGGGGCGUUCUCCAUAGCAGAUUACUUCCCCAGUGUCGGCUGGCUCGACUGGAGCAUAGCCCGUUGUAGACGAGCUCACCAGAGGAUGGAUGCGUUCCUGGACAAAGUUCUGAACGAGCAAAGACCCGGAGAAAUUCCAGACUUUGUGGAGAUGACGAAGGCGCGAGUGGACGGCCCUGAACAGGCCCAGUAUCUCAAAGCCUUGCUAAUGGAUUUACUGCUUGGUGGCUCCGAGACAUCGUCAACCGUGGUGGAAUGGGCUAUGGCCGAGCUUCUCCACAAUCCCGAGUGGAUGGAGAAACUCCAGCAAGAGAUUGAAAGCGUGGUUGGGCGAGAUCGAAUGGUGGAAGAGUCGGACUUGGCGAAGCUGGAGCUUGUCAACGCUGUUAUCAAGGAGACAUUUCGUCUCCAUCCCCCGCUGUCGCUGAUGGUCCCGCACACGUCCCCGGAGCCUCGACUAGUUGCGGGCUUUGAGAUUCCAGCAAAGGCAACCGUUCUCAUCAACACGUACGCCAUUGGAAGGGACUCCCAGGCUUGGCCAAACGAUCCGGACAAGUUCAAGCCUGGGAGAUUUGUUGGUAGCAACAUCAACGUCUAUGGCCAUGACUUUGAGUUGCUUCCUUUCGGAUCCGGAAGGCGAGGUUGUCCAGGGCUUCCUCUUGGACUGCGGAAUGUUCAGUUGGUGCUCUCAAACUUGAUCCAUGGGUUUGACUGGAGAUUUCGGGACGGAGCUACAAGGAAGUUGUCCUUUGACAGCGGCCCUGGAUUUAUUAACAUUAUUGCAGAUGCUGUUGUCGCUCAAGUAUCACCGAGACUUGAGCAGUGUGCUUUUGGCACUCUAGCAGCUUCGUAACUCAUAUAUUAACAUGUAAUAUAAAGCUAAAAUGUAGAAAACGUGGGCUAGGGCACGGUUGGAAGUCAUUGAUUUCGCUUG